CCAAACAGUCUGAGUUUGACCGAGACUAACCAAGAACGUUUCUUUUUAUUUCAACUUUCAAGAUGGCGAUGAGCAAGAGAGGAAACGUUCGGCUUCCGCCGGAAGUCAACAGAAUUUUGUACAUUAAAAAUCUUCCGUACAAAAUUACAGGAGAAGAGAUGUACGAUAUAUUUGGAAAAUAUGGUGCUAUCCGACAAAUACGAGUUGGCAACACACCAGACACCAAGGGCACUGCGUUUGUAGUGUAUGAAGACAUCUUCGAUGCCAAGAAUGCCUGUGAUCACCUGUCUGGUUUCAACGUCUGUAAUCGCUAUCUCGUCGUCCUCUACUACCAGCCAAACAAGACAUUCAAAAAGAUGGACACUGAUAAAAAGAAACAAGAUUUGCAGGAUUUGAAAGCAAAAUAUGGACUGAGCACCCCCGAGAAAAAGUGAAACAUUCCGCUAAGGAAUGUGUGAAUAUCUAUUUGAAUCUACACAAAUAUACGGAUGUGCAUCUGGCAGUGAGACUGAAAUCGGCAAUGAGACUGAAAUCGGCAAUGAGACUGAAAUUGUUUGACAUCUUAGUAAAACAUCUAUGUUGAUUGUGGCAAUUAACAUUAGGUAUGAUCACAUGGGAAGAUUUUUCAGUCUCGACAAUGGAUCACUUCGUAAAUUUUAUUAGUCGUGAGAUACCACAAAUUCUAAAAUAUGUAUCACAAAUCUAAUGACAGUUGACAAAUCUAAAGAGAUACCACAAAUUCUAAAAUAUGUGUCACAAAUCUAAUGACAAUUGACAAAUCUAAAGAGAUUUCACAAAUUCUGAAUGUUUCACAUGUUUUGCAACAUUUCACAAAUCUUAAGAGAUUUUUUCUCCAUCUGAAAGAUAUUUCACAAAGCUUGAGAGAGUCAUAUCACAAGUUUUAAAGGCGCCAUUUCUCAAGUUUAGCAUUUGCUUCCAUUUUGAAAUCUAAGAAGCAGAGAUUUCUGCCCACUUCACGCAAUGAAUUUUAAGCCUUGAUGAAUUUCACAAGUCUUUAGACAAUUUCACAAGUCUUUAGACAAUUUCAUAGAUAUUAAGAGAUUUCACAAAUCCUAAAAUAUGUUUCACGAAUCUCAAGAGAAUAUUUCACAACUCUUGUGAGAUGUUUUACAUGCCAAGUCAUUUCACAAGUCUUUUAAGACUGCACUGAUUAAAAUUAUUUGACAAUGCAACAUCAUUUCUUAUAUUAAAGAGUUAAUACCUGUUUGUAAGAAACAGAAAAGGUAUCUACGAUGUCAGGGCUCACCCUGUCGUUUGCCAGUUGUGAAAAAAAUUCUAAUUUGUUUGCUGAAACAAUUAUAAAAAGUUAACGGUAAAAACCCAGAUUCCCAUCCACAAUACAUUGUCAUAUAAAGACAUGAAUUUGAAUAACAUUUAGCAUAUACUUCUAAAUCUAGGGAACCAGGGUUACUUUAAUUUAAUAUUACCCAGAAGGCAGUUUGAAAUUAGUUACAGUCUAUGAACAGAAUUUAAUUUUUUAUAUCACGAUGUAGUUCACAUAUUUUAAUACAUUUUUAAUGAUAACAACAAUGGGCAGUUUAAUUUACCAUCUGAAUUGGUUGAAGUAAUGUUAUUUUUAACAACAGUACUAACUAAAUGUAUUAAACUUAACAUUUGAUUUCUUUUAUUUGUAAAAAGAGAAAAGAAAAAACAACCAUAAAAUUAAAGGCUGUUCAGUUGGGGUUUCUUGUAAUGAUGGUUCACAUGAAGUGCUAUACAGAAAACAAGAAGAGAUUUAAUUAUACAUGCACUAAUGUGUAUCCUUCUGUGACCUAUUUUAAUUUAAAAAGAUUUUCACUGAUGUGUUGAAUACUACAUCAUUCAUUGUAAAAUAUGCAUUUUCACAUAAAAAUAUUUCACAGUC